ACUUGGCGCUUCAAGUCUGAGCUAUAAGUUACAAAAUUAUUUGUAUUUUCUAUUUGCAUUAUGCUGCUCUCCAAGAAGGAAAUUGUAUCCAUUAUAUUUCUUAUAAUUGCGCUAAUUUGCUUGGUAAAUGCUGCUGCUUUCGCUAGCGAUCUGUAUCUGAGCGAUAAUCUGCAUCUGCUGGCGUUGCAAAUGAUCAAUGUGGGCACUGUCUAUGUCUGUCUGCUCUAUGGCAUCAGCACUUGGCUCUUUCACUCGAACUAUGCCGAGCCCAGGCAGCAUAUGCGCUAUGUGCUUGGCGUCAAACUGGCCAUUGCGAUUGCUUGUCACUUAGCCAUGUUUAUCUAUUUGCUGCUGCCGACCAAUAGAAACAAACUCGCCAAGUCUACAAAGAUUGAGCUGCUCUUUACCGACUUCAAUAGAGCUUGUCGCCUCAUCCGCAUCGUGCUAACUGCUUUAACUAUUCUGCUGCUUAUUGUUUGCUUUGUGCUUGUGGUGAGAACGACGCACCAGAAGCGCAAGCUUAAUAUUCAAAGACGACAGCAGCGUGGCGACGGGCUGAUCACCUCAUCAUCUUCAACGGCGGCAUCAUAAAGCAGCUGAAAUAAAAUUACAACUUUUCAUAUCCAUGUCGCAGCCUGCAGCUGAUAUGCAAUUCACUUGCAGCAACAACAACAAUAAUGUAAUAAAAAAAAACGUCUGACUGUC